ACACGGAAGCCUGUUAAGCGAAAGCUUCUAUUCCGUCUACAACCAUUUGGACGCUGAAGAUUGAAGCGCGAGGACGGGAUAUUGCGUUACUUUAUAGAAGCAUGACAAAUAAUCUUGUUGUUCUGCACAUUACUCGCUUACCCAAAUAUUUUGGACCAUAUGAAUUGCGAAAGUACAUUGAGCAAUUCGGAAAAGUUCAUGAACUCUAUAUACCAAAGUCUAAAAAGACUGGUAAGUGGAAAGACAGUGCUUUCGUUCGAAUGUCUAAUGAGGCUGCUCCUCUCGUAGCCUCGACGUUAAACAACUUGCUGCAAUUCAAUAAAAUAAUAAAAUGUGAAGUCUUAGCAGACAAUAAGCGACUAUUUCGAAUAAGCAGAUACCUACGAAAUUCAACUCGUGCAUCACAUGAAGAAAACCAAACCAUAGCAACAAUAAAGCGUGUUACAGCCCUAAACGCCCGCAAAGGAAUGGAUUUUACCAAUAGUUCAGUAAGAAAAUCAUUACCCCAAGCUGUCCGAAGGCGUAAACAUAACUUCCAGAAACGAAUUGCAGCAAUUAAAAAGACCAACUUGAAUUUCAGAUUUCAUGAGACCGACCACUAAUAUAUCAUAAAAAACUUUAAACCCAGUAAAAAAACUCAAUUUUCCAAAUGAUGUUUACUGUGCAAUGUUGACACUAGUUAUUAUAAAAAGGCACUUUG